UCCGACCUCAGGCGCCACUCACAGCCCCUCCCUCGAAUGUCCCCCUGGAGCUGUCUUUCUUUGGAUCCAGUUCAAGGGGGUGGAGACUCAGUGAGAGUCAUCAGCUGCCCCUUCCCUCUGCCUUCCCAGCAGGUCUCUUAUCUCUGCCUCACAAAUCACCCCUGGCCCCUCUUCCUUCCUGGUGCUCGAAGACUCCAUCCCUGCUGGAAACCCCCCUGGCUUCUCAGCCCCCCUUUCCACCUUCGGGAAAACACCCGCUAUCUGCGGGCCAUCUUUUUCCUUUCCUGAGUGCAGGUCCCCACCAGUGAAAUCCAACCUCAAAACAGGAAGCCCCGGGCUAUUGCCCCUUCUGGGCCUGAGCUUGAGGCGGGCCAUGGGUGUGGGGCGAAGGCUUCCUGAAUGCCCGGCUCCCCCCCACUGCCUAUCCCCUGGCCCUGCCCAGAACUGAUGGCCUUCAUUAGCCCCUGGCACUUAUCUUGGAGCCGCAGCCACCCACGGGACGUUCCCAGCCCUUCUCUCUGCCUGCCCUUAGCCCAGCAGCGCCAUGGGGAACUGUCUGCAGCACCAGGUGGCGAAUGAGGACUCUACUAAGUUCACCUUCGAAGACGAUAUUUGGGAUGACUUUAAUGAUUCCUAUGGCCUGAACUAUAACUACAGCAACGUGGACGCAGCUGCCCCCUGCCGCUCCUGCAGCCUGUUGGACGACUCCUCCUUGCCCUUCUUCAUCCUCACCAGCGUCCUGGGCAUCCUGGCCGGGGGAGCCGUCCUCUUUGCCCUCCUCAGACCUCUCUUCCACUGGCAGGCGUGCCCCGAACGGCCUUUCCUAGUACAGAUGGCCGUGGGCAGCACUCUCUUCAGCAUUGCGGUGCCCUUCCUGGCCCGAGGGCUUAAAGGGCUCCAGGGCACCCCUCUGUGCCACCUGGCCCACAUGGUCUGGUAUGGCUCAGCCUUUGCCCAGGCUCUGCUGAUAGGGUGCCAUGCCUGCCUGGGCCCCAAAAUGGGCACAGGUCAGGUCCCCAACCUCACCCUGAGGCUUGGUGUGGGACUCUGGGGAAUGGCUGUCUUGCUGGGGCUGCCGGUCACCCUGGCCAGUGACACUUCUCAUGGAUUCUGCUCCCUGACAUUCAGCAAGAGCCCCUGGUUUCUGCCUCUGUUGCAUGCCAUCACCUGCUGCGCCAUCUUCACCUUGCUGCCACUGGGUUUGCUAGGAGCCAAGGUGCUGACGAAAAUACGGGGCAGGUGGCAGUGUCCCUGGGCCAAUGUCCUGUGGGCCUGGUUUGUGUUCUGGUGGCCUCAUGGGGUAGCUGUGGGCUUGGACUUCCUCGUGAGGUCCAAGGCCUUGGUCCUGUGGACAUGUCUGGCCCAGCAGGCUCUGGACUUGCUACAGCACCUGGCAGAGGCCCUGGCCAUUCUGCACUGUGUGGCCACACCCCUGCUCCUGGCCCUGUCCUACCACCAGACCGCACGCGCCACGCCGCCCCCCCUGCCCCUGCCUCUGAGACGGCCUUCUCAUCUGGACACCCAGGGAGGCAAGUCCUAGCUCUCUUCCCACCUGUCCACCUGAAUUAAAGUCUACGCUGCUUUAAUGAA